CACACAGGCUGCUCUGGGCAGUGCAAGCCCCAGACCUGCGGUCAAGUCCAGAAGUGGGCGUGGCCUCGCAUCCCACCUGCAGGUGCCACCGGCCGUGGGGACAGGCGUCAGACUCAGCACCCCGGUUGUAAACAGACUCAGUUCAUGGCAGAUUGCCGUGCGGCUACGUGAACUGUGGGCAGAUGUUUCUGUGAUGGAUAAUUAUGCUGUAAUGACUGAAGCUGCCGGGACGAACACCGGGACUGUCUUUCUGAAAUCGUGACCGCCGUGGAGCGAACACGGCUGCAGCUCGAGGCUCUGCCGUCGUGGCGGGCCAAGGCACUACACCUUGAGCGGUGCUUACAGGAAAUGGAGGCGCAGUAUCACCUGGAGAGGCAGAGGAGGCAGCGACUCCACAACAGCCUGGUGAAGGUGCCAGAGUGGGUGACUUACUGGACAGACUUACUUGAUUUCUGAUGUAUGGGCUUCCAUGGUAGUUGAUGCUGACGAGCGUUCCUUGGCCAGUCUCUGCGACUGUCAUCUACCUGAAGCCAGGACACAGAGCUGCCUGAGAGCCCCUCCCGCCCAUGCUGACCAGUCCACGGUCACGGACGCAUCUGACAGAGCUGAAAGGGAACAUCAGAUAGUCCACUGUCGCAUCCGCCCUGUGCUGCCGUUCGAUGAAGAGUCCGAUGAUCCGGGGUCACACGCCAGCCCCGCGCCUGGAGAAGUGGCCCACGCUGUGGACGACGAAACUGUCCAGGUGAAGUGCAGUCGGCCUGGUCACCCUCCAAUCAAUAAGACAUUUACUUUUGAAAGGGUUUACAGGCCGGCCGACCCCCAGAGAGAGGUGUUUGGAGAUGUGCGUCCCCUGCUGACGUCUCUCUUAGACGGGUACAACGUUUGCAUCAUGGCCUACGGACAGACGGGGAGCGGCAAAAGCUACACCAUGCUGGGCCCACGUUCUGAGGUGCGGCCUGUCCUGCCCCCAGACUGUCACAGUGACUUGGGACUGGUCCCCAGAGCGGCUGAGGAGCUCUUCAGGCUUAUUUCAGAAAACCCGUCAAGGAGGGCAAAGGUUGAGGUCUCCAUCGUGGAAGUUUAUAACGACGACAUUUUUGACCUCCUGGCUGAGGACACGUGCACGGCGACGCCUGGGGUCAAGUGCGAAGUGCUGACCACCAAGGAGGGCAGGAAGGAGGUGUCCCCGCUGACCUGCACGUCUGUCCGCAGCGCCCAGGAGUGCAUGAUGCUUGUUGGUGCAGGUCUGCAGCUCAGGGCUAUGCGUGCCACGUCAGCACAUGCACAUUCUUCUCGGUCUCACCUGAUAAUAACGGUGGCUCUAACCACAACCCCCGCCUGGGACAGCUCCGCAGAGCAAGGGUCAGAUCCAUCACUGCUCACAGAGCCCGGCCGCCCCUGGCCCCAGCAGCCUGUGGCAGGGAGGAGGCGGCACGCUUCCCCCAGAGCCUCAAGUGGGUCCCCGGGGGCCCCGCCUGGCGGCACCGCUGGGCACACAGAGCAGGUCCACGCCAAGCUGCAGCUGGUGGACCUGGCGGGCAGCGAGUGUGCUGGUGUGUCUGGAGUGACAGGGUCAGCCCUGAGGGAGACGUCCUUUAUAAACCGGAGCCUGGCCGCCCUCGCAGACGUCCUGGGGGCCCUUUCGGAGCGCCGAGGCCACAUUCCCUACAGGAACAGCAAGCUCACCCACGUGCUGCAGGAUGCGCUCGGUAACUGGUGUCCCCCAGUACGCGCCCCCAGGGGCGUCAGCCGCUGUCCCCUGCUCCUGUGGGAAGCAGGCUCCUCCCAGCCACACCUCCUGCGGGGACCUGCUGGCUCUCGGGUCAGUUGUCUGUCCUCAACUUUCCUAGCAGUGUGUGUACAGCCAGCUCCUGCCACAGGCAAGCGCAGGAGGAGGGGACAGAAACAUGGGGUAGAGGGGUGCCUGUGCUGCGCGGCAGCUCAUCUGGGGUAGCACAGGGUCGAAGCGUCCAGGCGCAGGCGCCCUCCUCUCAGACCCCCUCCUCCUCCCGCCCAGCCCUUGGUCCAUAAAGCAAAGGAAGAGGCCAAUCCCCUGGGGGGAAGCCCUGGGUACCCCUCCCCUGGCCUGCAGGAGGGAGCGCUUGACAGGGGAACCCCGACCUGAGCAGGCGCCCUUCAGGCACUGUGACAUCUCCUAACCCCAGGCUGGCAGGGGAGGGCACCUGAGCCCUGCAGCCAGCGCAGCUCUGAAGGGGCACCGCUUGGGCCCCGUACUCCAGAGAUGCCUUUUCUUCCUUGAAAUUCAUCCAAGUGCAUGCUGUUACUUCU